AUUUGAGUGCUUAAACACAAACCUAACACAAAGUCACCCAUUGGCAAGACUCUCAAAAUUAUUUGUACAAUUUGACCAUAUACGAGCAGGUGAAAAUGUCUAAAUACACUUUACUGCAGCCAGAAGAUGAGUGUAUAACACCUCAACCCGCUCCGAGAACUCGGAUAAGGAGUACCAGUAUCCCGAGACCAAUGAGACCUUUAGAGCGACCCAAGGCAGCUUCACAAACAGUAAAAAAGUCGCCCACAAAAUCCCACAAAGAUAACACCAUCAGUGAGCGGUACACCAACACUUCAUUCAGUCAAAUACGAUCGCCUAAAGUGAAGAUCCAAACUAUUCCAACCACUAUGAAGGAAUGUGGAACAGCUGAUCAACAAUCGCAGAAAACAGCUGAGAGAGGUAGUGAGAGAAAACAGGCACCUAAACCAUCUCCUAGAACUCUGAUAGAAAAGGAAAAAUGCAAUGUCAUCAGCAAGAGACAUUCACUUUAUGAUGAAAACAGCCGAAACGAGAUUAUUCCGUCGCAUUUCAGCCUGAAACCACGACCUAAAACAUCACAUUGUUCACGGACAGAAUCUCGUAUGCAACAGCAAGUAUUUGGUACUAUCAAGAAAGUGUUAAGCCAAGCUGUAGUGCAGCAAGGAAAAAUCGAUGAAACCAAUAUUGAAACUAUCAUUAGCAGUAUGAGAAGCAGACUAAACCUUGAUGACGAAGAUUUUACAGAAAUAGACAUAGAGGAAAAGCCAAGCAGAACAAUUUUGCAUAGGCCUGGUUUUGUGGAGAAAAGGUCUUCGAUAAAAAUCAAAAACUCAGUAGCAGGAAUAAUUCGGAAGGAUGGUCCAGUUAUUGUGCCAAAACAAAAACAUUACAGGAAGAUUUAUGAUCAGUUUGAUUCACCAUCAGAACAGUCCCUGGACCAAAAUCGUUCCCAGGGUGAUGAUAGCUUUUCAUUACCUGUUGAUCUUUCUCGGACAUCGCAUGUAGCAACUAAAAGCAAAUGUACGCAAGUAUCGAACUUUUCAACUACUGAAUCAAAGUCCGUUCAACACACAGAUGGGCUUUCAGAACAGUUUGAAAUGGGCGAUUUUCAAACGAAGAAAUCUGGUUUUUGGAGUUCUUUAGAAGAUGCCAAACUUCAAGCAUAUGUUGAAUCACUAAUUCAAAACAUGAAGACUCAAAUAAACACUGACAGUUCAGAUGUGAAAACUGAAGAUGAUUCCAAAGCAACUUCAUCCAGAACCACCCGUGUCAUAAAAAGCAAGCCAACGCAUGCCUUGAAACAAAAACCACCAGUAACAAAAGAACCGGUCGUCAAUACCAAGACUUCAAAACCAUUAAAGUCCACAGUCCUAAAGAGCAAGCCAACAAAAACUGAUGAACCGUUGGCUGUUGCUAAGAAAUCAGCACUUCCUAAAACGUCAUUUGAUAAAUGUGAAGAGGUGGAAGAAAGCGAUGAUAAAUAUCUACAAGUGCGAAUCGACAGAUGGGCAAGUGCUAGGUCGAAGAAGUGAAUCUGGCUUAAGAAGCAGAAGUUGAAGGCUAUAUACAUAAUCGUGAGACAAAGCAAUAAAGUGUAUUUAUUUGUUAUUGUU